AUGCAUUACCAGUAUGUGGCAAAUUUAGUUUUAUGGGUCGUUCUUCUGUUUGCUCUUUUUACAGUAUGGUAUGUCUUAAAUUUCGUGUUUUGUCUCGCAGCUAGUCUGCAGACGGAUUUGGAAGGAGUUGAUGUAGUCCUUGAAGGUUUUUUAGAUUUGUUUGUUGGAUUAGUACAGGUCUCUACUUCGUUUAUUUUGAAGCAUCCUAACAGGGACAAACUAAGGUCACGUGUUUUGGGCGAGGGAACCGAGUGGAAAGAAAUCACAAUCUCUCAUCUUUUUUGUCAAUCUCAUCUGUCGAUAAAGUCGGGUAUCCCGAUUCGUGUUCAUUUUCUUAAUUGCUAUUGGUUGUACUUAAGUUACUUUUCAAAGCCGGAGCUGGAAAUUGGGACUCGGUUAGAAGUUGUAGUCAUAGGGAAAAGUUGGGACAAUUAUGUUAUAAAAUCUUCUCAGAACGGUGCUGAUUAUUUUGGGAUGAUUUACCUGGGGCGAUGGGUUCAUGAACGGCAGCCGGCAUAUUCUAGCAGAGGGUCUGACGUGCCGCAACAAAAUGUUUUUGCUAAUUAUCCAAACGGAACUUUUCCCAUCCACAUGACAAACAAGACUCAGAAGUUGCUUCCUAAUUACGAAAGUUCCGUUAAGUUUUUACGGCAGAAGGAACUGGUAGAAGUUCAGCAACAGCAGCAGCGCUUUCGUGAAUUAACGAAUGGACGCGAGAAGCAGACUAUUAACCAUGGCGCACCACAGGGUCCCGCCAUGGUCCCAUCCACAUUAGGUACCACGCAGCUGCUCUUAAAAAAGAACAAAAGGAAAGCUUAUGUGCCUCGAGGAAUGACGUCGUUAUUUUCCACGAACUUACCAAAUAGUCGACCGCAAGAAUUUCCUAAUUUUGAAAAUGGAUCUUCAGAGCCACUAGGGAAUGAUGAAUUUACAAAGUUGUUAAUGCGAUAUGUUUUAAAAGAUGAACGAGGGUCAAAUUUCAAUGGCACUGGAGAUCGAAGUUCAAACCCUGAAAGGAGUUUUGAAGAUUAUUUGCAGCUUGAUCAAACAAAAAGGUUACUUGGACCACAAAGGCGGAUAUGCAUCAAAGGGAAGGACCCCCCGAACGACGUAAUUCGGCAUACUCGAAACGCGUAUGGGGUAAGUCGAGGUGGUUUUGGAGUCGGUUCGUUAUCGCACGCUGGAGCAAGCCAUGAGAUGUCGCAAAGUGAAUCUGGAUCUCAGUGUACAAGCGUUCCUGUCUUAGAGACUUCUCGUGAAAUGCCUGCAGUGGGAACAGCUAAUUUUGUGAAUGUUACACCUCUCAAUAUUACAGCAGAAAAGGAUCCCCCUUUGGAAGAUAAGAACUCUUCGGUAGAUGACAUUUCUGUAAUUGCUUCUGUCUCUACUUCGUCCGCUGUACCACAGUCCAGCUCCAGCCCCAUCCGGAUCCCUUCAGCUGCAUCAACAUCUGCAACUUCGGCUACAGUUACCCCCUCGCAAGUUUCUAGUUUUAGGCCAGGUUCUCCUGUAUCUGCGUUGUCUCCAACUCCUACCUUCACUCCUCUUUCAAUUUUAACACCUGUUGGGCCUAACACUUCCGCAACUUCUGCUGUUGCUCUUACUCCAGCUCCUAGCUCCAACUCUACUCCUCCUUCUGGCCCUGGCUCAGGUUCUGCACCUGCUCCUGUCUCUGACGCUCCUGAUACCUCCAUUGUGGAUAGUGGUCUAGAAGAAAUUGUCGUUGAAAAGCCACAGUUUUCACCUCAAAAUGGAACACUAGCUUCGCUACUAGAGUGUGAAGAACUGACGGCAGAUACUCAAGAAGAUCCUGAUACUUCCGACCCUAAUUCUGAUGAAAAACUUGAAAAGGCUCCUAUUGUUUGUAAUAGUCCCAACCUUCCCUCUUUCGCAGAGGUGUUGACGACUACGAGGGAGUCUGAAGGAGGUGAUGAGUCCGAAAAUGAAGGUUUAGCAAAUUCGAGUAAAAUAAAGUUUGGUGGAUCAAAAAAGGCAAAUGCGACCGAUAACAGGAAAAUAGUGGUCAAAAUUUCAUUAGGCAGUUAUCCCCAUUCAACGAUGGAGACAAAGUCUUCACCAGCGACGAGUACAUCUAGCGAGUCGACGAGACGUAGUGUUGCUGACUUGAGAUGUCCGCCAGAAAUAGCAAAAUCCUUCGAAGAACAAGAUGUUGUUCGUAGGUCUGAGACGGGUUGUCCCCCGAUGGUGCCUCGUAGUAAUCAGGAUUAUGAGGAUGUGGAAGAAAACGUCGAUGUAGGAGAGAAAGAAAAGAAGAAAAAGAAAACUAGCGGGAAGAAGAAAAAAGUUGAAAAUGUUGAAGAGAAAGAAGUGGCCCAUUCGACUCCCUUUGAGAGUGCUAGUCGUGCUGCAGCUGAAAGUGCUUUCGAUAAUCCAACUGUUGAAGAGAACCCUUUUAGUUUAGUAGCUGGUGAUAUUGUGUGGGCAAAGAAUGGUUCUGAACCAUUUUGGCCCGGUGAAUUGUUCCAGUUCACUCGGGUAAACGGAGUGGCUGGAGCAGUGAUUACAUGGUUUGGAGUAGAUACUUUUACGCCGUUCGUGCCUCUUCCGAAAAUUGAACCGUUCGCCCGCAAGUAUUCCCAGAGGUUUAACCCGAAACGUAACGACAGGAAGUACCAGAAGGGGGUUGCACGAGCAAUUUAUCAGUGCCGCCCGCAAAGUGGUUACUUUGAAAGUAAUAUCACGAAAUGUAUAUACGAAGUUCUUGUGAAUAACUACCACUUUGUACUAGAACCUUUUGAAGGAACAAAGAAAAGGAAGCGGAAGUCUGGAGGUUUUGGUCUUAAAAAGAAGAAAUUACCAUCUCAUGGUCGUAUUGAAAUUCAUGAGCCAGUGACCCUUCCUGAAGAUUACGACCACACUGAGGACGAUGAAUCGGGCAGUAUUGAUGACUCUAGUGGCAUGCCAGAGGCUGACAUGGACCCUGAACAGAUGGAGGCCUCUUGCUCAGAGCAACAUUUAAGUGAAACAAGUUCAUCCGAUGCCUCUCCACAUAAAUCGGAAGAUUCUGGCCAAACUAGUCCUCGAAGCCCGAUCCUGUGA